UCCAUACAAAUAAGGCAGUGUUGAAUGGUUCCGGGUUUACGUUAUGAACUAUUUUUAGCAACCAUGGAAAAAAAAUGUACAUCGUAAAUGGUGCAUAAUCAUGGAUAGCAUUUAUUUUAAAUUCGGCUUCAACUAUUUAAGGGAGCUACAAUUUAAUGAAGAAUCAAAUCAACAUAUACUUUUGCAAACACCAAACUUAAAUCAGCUGAACAACGCUACAAAUAAACGAGGGAUAUCAUUCAAUCAUUCACUCCUACAACAAUUACAAGUAAAACAUGUGGGCUAUCAUAUCGCCAAUUGUAUGCCUGGCAGUCUUUGUCGCAACUGCAACAUCAUUUUCAAUCGAGCGCCGACAGAGUGCAGCAUCUAAGUCGUUGCUGGACAUGGGGUUUGCGUUAUCCGAACUACCCUCCCCAUCGGCGCAGGAGGUUCAAUUAUCGAGACAGAGACGCCAAACCACCAAUGAUGUGAUCGAGUUUACUAUGAACACUACAAUGAACUCACACAUUGAAUGGAACACAGUUGAAAUGACACAGAAUGACCAAUCCUACGUUAGCAGGACUAAUUUCCCUGGCGGAGACAUCCAAAAAUGUCCGCUGAGUGUAGCCAAUGGACAAGAAGACCCUAUCCAUUUCCGGUCCACGUGCCCGUGGUACUACGUCACCGACCAUGACCCUUCCCGCUUCCCAACCACCAUUCUGAAAGCAAAGACGCCAUGUAUGUACUGCGUAGGAAACCCGUCGUUGGAAUGUGUUCCUUUGAAGAAAAGCAUUACAGUUCUCCAGAAGUCACCGACAGCAGAGCUUGACGGAAGCUUUAAAUUUUUCGAAAAGGAGCAAGAAGUUACCAUGGGAUUUACGUGCGCGAGUCCACGAAAUGCCAUUAAUGCCGCGGACACUACAACGGCGAGCCCUGCAAACGACAUUUGGGCUUAGGCAGCUUAUAGUCAGAUAACUCUUCUUGUGAUAAAAGUGUGUCAGAGGAUAUCGGAGUUAUCGGACAUUGGCAGCUGCACAGUUUCGUUCACAGGCACGGUUUUGGUCUCAUUUUCGAAUCUCUCUGUCAGUAUGACGGAUUUUAAACUCCUUAUUAUAUAAAUAGGGACAAUGUAAGGUCAUAAUGACCACGGCAGUAUACGUGUUGAAUCUUGGACAUAGUGAAAGGUAAACGAUUAGCUUUUUUAGUUCAUUUAAUUCCCAUUUAACCAGUGUCUUAUUGUGAUGAUCAUUGUAAAUAACCAUUAUUUAAUUUAUACAUUUAUUAUUUUCUAAUAGUGCUUUGCUCACGCAACUGAAGUUGUUAAAUCUACAUCUUUAUUUAUUUAUUUAUUUAUUGUGCAUGUUGUUUUUUUCCAUUGCGUGCUCCACUAUAUUGUUCGUGUUUUUUAUCGUUGUUGCAGUACUGAAAUAUUUACUUUCAGAUUUGAGAUAUAUACAUUGAGUAUAAUUUACCAUAGUAUUAAUUACUUAUUUGUAGUAUGUGUUUUACAGAUAUUGAUUUGUUUAAUCUCAAUAUUUCAGUGCAAUAUGGCAUUUUACAUGCAUUUUUACAUAUACAAAACUCGUUUUACAUUAUAAAUGUUAUUUUUAUGCCUAAAAAUCCUAUACAUAAAUAAAAUGUUGUGACAA